AUGGCAUUUUCAAACUCAAGAGACAUCUUAAGGCUCGCUAGAGAUCUAUCCGAACGCGAUCCGCUUGACGCAGAACUCAAAACCCAUAAUGAACGAGUGAUAUCGAGUUUGAAGUAUCUAGGCAACUAUCCCGACAAUGGAGUCAUGACAAUUUCCAAAAUCAUGCCUGAACUCGCCAUGUACUUCCAUCAAGUCGCCCUACGAGGACGACACCAUGAUCCACGUCUCAGUGUUCUCCUGGCCGACACUACUCGCGAAGUACCACUUUGGCGACCACAGUUCGGUCUACCGUCCAAACCAAGCUCCGAAGAGAAUUCUCAACAAGUGAAGGGCGAAGUUGCUCCAGAUUGCGUUCUCGAAGUGGCGAGACGAAUCAUCAUUGGCCCCUGGCACGAGACGUACAGGGAACAGAUCCGAUCUGCUCUCCGAAUCAUUGCGAACUGCUGUGCGGACAACAACGUCAACCGGAGCAUCAUCAUCCAUCGGGGCGGCAUCGAAGCAAUGAUGCAUCUGGCCCUAUACAGACGGGAAUGUGACCUGUUGCUGCCAACAUUGUACAAUGUCUGCGUCGACUUUGAUGAGCCAGCGCUCGACAACGAACGCAAGCCAUGGCCUCCUCUCCAACUGGCUUUUCGAGGAAGCGAGCAGAAUUCCGGACCGGCCGUCAACCUCGCGGAGCAAAAGCUCGGUAUGUCUUGGGAUACUCGACACGAACUCAGCUCGGUCGAGAUCCUACUCGAAACCAAAACUUCCGCAGACAAUUGUCUCGGGAUUCUAGCUGAUGUAGUCGAAAUGGCAAGCCGCGUCGCCUUGUACGGCAUUCAUCAAUUGGUUCGCAAUCUCGACGACGACGACUCGGUUGAAAAAGCCGAGGUCUACACCAUCCAGCUAGUGCAUACGCUUCUCAACCAAGGGACCGAACUCGCCAAAGAAGACUUUGAAUGCUGUGCCUCCGUCUGCCAAGCCGUUCUGAACGUCUUGUCCCAACAAGCCUGUUACGGAGCUGUCCUCAGCGCCGACGGCGCUCUCUGGCAAUUAAUUCAUCUGCCAUACGCCUGCGUCAAUGACGACGAAGACGAAGAAUCCCACGAAUCCCUUGUACCCUACAGAAAAGCAAUCCUCAAGACAACCUACGAGAUCUCUACACUGGAGAAAUAUGGAGCCAAAUUCAACGGUGAGCGCAACUUGAUACACAACUGUAUAGACCUGUUGAAGAAUUACGGCGAGGGGAAACGUGAUCUUCUAUCCGUCGGUCCACGACCCUGGGCCAGCGUGUGUGUUCUGUUAGCAAACAAGAUCACUUCAGCGGACCGCGCGAUCUCCUUCGUGAAAUCGACGCACAUCGCCUCCGUCAUAAGCCGCCUCAUUUCCCAGUGCACUGAUUCUGACAUUCUGCUCCCAGCCAUUGACCUUGCGACGCGCCUAGCCCUGUGUACCGAGGGACAGGAUGCACUGCACGUCGCCGGUAUGAUGUCCAGUCUGUGCAAGCUUUUGACUCCAACAAGCGAAGCGAAUGCAAUGGGAAUCAACAUUCAGCGCGAGACCGUGACACUGAUGAGGCUGCUUAUCAAGGGGCGGGCGGAGCAUAUCUCUGAUCUGAAAAACGUGAAUGGCGAAGGAGCUGAUAAUCAACGCGACAGUAUCGUGGCUGCAAUGAUGUACCUGUUCCAGAACACCAAUGACUCGCGUACCAAGACAGAGAUCGGAAGAUUCUCAAUCGAGGUCCUCCGAACGCUGUUCGCAUCUGCACCCUCACAGCCAGCUGGUUUGGGGAGUAGCACAAACGGACAACCAUCCAGCGAUCUCCCUGCUGACAAGGAACAACAGCCAGAAAGCGAAAGCCAGGCGAUCGAAGCGCAGUUCCUAUCAAUAUUCAACCAGUCUCCCGCCACGAGCAAGGACGGUGACUCUUCAACAGUCGCCGACACAAUAGCCUAUAUAGUCACGCAACCUGCACCACGACCACACUCACCAUCACCAGACCAGGCCCCCGCGCAAUCAAUCCAAACCGAAGCAGAAGCCUGGUUCGGCCUCGGCCUGCUUUCAACACUCUCUGUCGCGCGUCCAUGGAUACUCGCAGCCUUGAGUCGAGAUGACAAUCGACUCUUGUCUCGUUUACGAGAAAUUAUAUCUCAAUCUCAAUCAUCCUCAUCAUUAGCAUUGUCAUCAACCUCGGCUUCAGGGGCCGGCUCAGUAAACCAGGACCAGGUUCCAAAUGUCCCGGCAGAUACCAAAACGUUUCUGCCAGCGAGUAAAGAUCCCCGAUACGAGAACGUCAAAGUCUUCGUGGUGAAGAUGAUGCACGCACCGCCUAUCAACGACACAAGCACAAACUCGAGCUCGAGAGACAAGACGUUACAAGAAAGCCUCGAAGCCGUGGCGGCGGAGAUGGGAGUUGAUUGGGUUCUGGUGUGA